AACACAAAGCAAACCGUCAAAGUGUCGAAACAUUCCCUCCCGACCGUAGGUUCCAAAUAGUGGCAUUAGAGCAAAACUGAUUUGUGGUGUCUGUUGGAAUUUUUAUAAAACUUUAGUGUUUAAGUAGAUUGAGACAAAAGUUUAAAAAAUAUUUUAAUUUAUAUAAAACUAAAAAUGCAUGUUUCCAUUCAUGUGUGAAUUGGUGCUGCGUUUCCAAGUGUUUUCCAUGUUAGUAGUGUGUAUUCUACGUGUGUAGCGAGUUUCUACUCCGGUGUGCCGAUUUGUUAAAUAUUGGCGUUCCUAUGCGGUUUUUGUAAUCAGUGUAAAAAAAUUGCAUUUGCAGCAAUUUAUGAAUUUGCAAUGUACAAACUUCACGAAAUCUUAAUCGAAUAUCAUGAAAUUGUAAUAGAAAAUCAACGCAACCAUAAUUUAUAAACGGAAUAAAAACGUUUGUUCCAACGCUGUGACGUAGAUUUCAUCUCGUGCCAAUUAUACAGCAGCCUUUGCUUUUGCCUAGACAGCAAUAAAAAGCCAACCCACAAGUAUACAAUUACAACAAAAACGGGACGUCCAGCAGCGGAGAGUGCCUUUAGAGUGUGAGAUUUUAGGAUAUGAAAAACGUCUUCUGAUUGCCUGCCUCAAAUUGACUCCAUUAAGCUAUUUUUAAAUUGUGCCAGUUUGUCGCCCAUACAAACGUAGAUACUUGUGCAUAUGUACAUACAAAUAUGUAUGUGUAUGUAGCUCUGUGCAUUGGUGUGUAGUGAUUAUACCAUGGAUUGAAACGACGCAACAUUUAAGCCCACUUGUCCGCACUAGAUAUUCAACGUACACAUGUAUGUAUGUUUGGCUAUGUAUAUUUAUACUUGUAUAUAUGAUAUGUAUGUAUAUGAAAAUGUGUUAAAACAUGCCGGCAGCCGUACGUUCGGGGAUUUAUAAGCGCCAACAGCUGUCGCCGUUGUGACCAACAUUGUGCGCGUCCGCUCACCUUAUUCGCGUGUAUUUAUUUGCCCACCCCAGACAUGUGGUGGCGAUUGUGAACGGCUGCUGCAACGACGACGCCGUCGCUGGUGUUGUUUACGGCAGUGGCAGCGCCAAAGUUAUCAUCGCCUCAGCUGUGUCCGUUCACUUUGCGCCACUUUAGUGCUGAGGUGUUUCGGCCAGGCCAUUGGUGGCACUAAUAGAGUCUGCCGCUUUAGUGCUGCAUCAUUUUGCUAACGUUUCAGUUGUAAUUAACGUGCGAAUCCAAUUGGUAGUGAUUGUAACUACUUCCCCAACAAUGGCAGUUCGUCGUAGAUUUGCUAGUGUAUUGAUAACUCACUACUGAGCCGACCGCAUGCAUUCAUUAUUGGUCGUGUUUUUGUUAUUGUGCUGCUGCAUGACGUCGCUAAAUUUCAGCUAACUCGGGUUUUAUUGCUCGUUGCUUUAUUUGUGUGCACUGCAUUUUAGGGAGCGAAAUUUUCCGUGAAUACCCGCAAGAAAUGUUGAGAAAAGUGCUGUUGGCGCGAAGGUUUCGUCACAUCCUUAAAAUGGCCUUAACUGUGUCAUUGCGUCGCGUAUUAUUGUUGCUUUUGAUGGCAACGAUAUUCAUACUGAUGGUUUUGUACUGGAAUCAGGACGGCAUGAAACCACAAUCGUUUUUAGUUGAGAAAUCGAUGAAACGCCGAGCUGAUAUUAAUAAGCGGCCACCAAUACCUGACGAAAAACUCUGGACCUAUAAAUGUGAAAAUGAGCGCUGUGUACGACGCACGUAUCCCACCAAUGAUGGCGUCGGCGCCGCCUCAGAUCGUCGUAUACCGUUUAUGACAUGCGCCAUGACUUGCGGCGAAGUCAAUAUUUGGCCACAUCCAACAAUAAAGACUGCCAUCAGUUCCGUUUCGUUGAAAUUCACCAUGGAAGAUGUACAACUGCGCAUGGACACACCGCACAGCGCUGUUGAAACGCAGUUUAAGCAAGCAUUCGCCUAUUUUCUAAGUGAUCUUCGGCGCAUACAACGGCUACCGAGUGCGGAAGAGAGCACUGAUAAUGUCGGUGGUGGAGUUGGAGGCGGUGUUGGUGGCGCUGACCGGGCAACGGCUACGGAUGUUAAUUCGGGUGGUCGAUCACCACUUUCCGAACAGAAUGCUGCUUAUCAGCAACAACAAAAGCAGCAGCAACAACAUCAUAGUAGUCGCGCACGACGUGACACUUCCUAUGCUGUCCAUCAAAAUACUGACGCACAUGCUGGCGCCGCUGGUGCGGGUGUUGCUGACGAUGGUGAUUCGGAGACGGCGGGUGCUUAUCAUCAUCGGCACAAGCGUCGUCACAUCGACAUUGGCAGAGCGCUGGGCAACACUUUGGGUGAGAAUAUGGCACCAGCGGCUAUUUUGAGUAAUGUCUUCAACACACGUCGCCAUUGUGACGUGGAUACGCUGCUCGUGCAGGUGGAAGUGCAUAAAUCGGGUGAAAUUAAUUUGAGUUUGGAUACCGAUGAGAGCUACAAGCUAUCUGUUGCACAUGAACGUCGCACCGUUAACAUCCACAUCACAGCGAAUUCAUUCUUCGGUGCACGCCACGCCCUCUCCACACUACAGCAAUUGAUUUGGUACGACAAUGAAGAUAAUCUGCUGCACAUCCUAUCGAAGGCCAUAAUUAUAGAUACACCCAGAUUUCGUUAUCGCGGUCUUAUGUUGGACACAUCGCGUCACUUCUUCUCUGUCGAGGCCAUUAAACGUACCAUUGUCGGUAUGUCACAUGCGAAACUCAAUCGUUUCCAUUGGCAUAUAACGGAUUCACAGAGUUUCCCUUACGUAUCGAAGAAUUUUCCCGAAAUGGCUAUACAUGGCGCCUAUUCGGAGCAUGAAACCUACACAUUCGAAGAUGUCCGAGAGGUUGCGGCAUUUGCGCGCGUUCACGGUAUACAGGUCUUACCGGAAAUCGAUGCGCCGGCGCACGCUGGCAACGGUUGGGAGUGGGGACCAAAACGUGGCCUUGGCGAAUUGAGUUUGUGUAUAAAUCAACAACCGUGGAGUUUCUACUGUGGCGAACCGCCAUGUGGUCAAUUGAAUCCUAAAAAUAAUAAUACUUAUCUGGUGCUGCAACGCCUUUAUGAGGAAUUAUUAAAUGCCACCGGUCCAACGGAUUAUUUUCACCUUGGCGGCGAUGAGGUGAAUCUAGAAUGCUGGGGUCAGUACUUCAAUGACACCGAUUUGCGUGGAUUGUGGUGCGAUUUUAUGCUCAAUGCAAUGACGCGCUUGAAAAUCGCCAAUAAUAAUGUGGAGCCGCGCGUGGUGAGUGUGUGGUCCAGUGGUCUGACCAACACCAAAUGUCUUCCAAGCAACCGUGUUGCUGUGCAAGUAUGGGGUGGCAGUACGUGGCAGGAGAAUUACGAUCUCAUUGAUAACGGCUUUAAUGUGAUAUUUUCGCAUGUGGAUGCCUGGUAUUUGGAUUGUGGAUUUGGCAAUUGGCGUUCAACUGGCGAAGGUGCCUGCUCGCCGUAUCGCACCUGGCAGAAUGUCUACAAGCACAGACCAUGGGAGCGCAUGCGUCUCAAUAAAUCGCAGCGAAAACAGGUAUUAGGUGGCGAAGUUUGUUUGUGGACUGAGCAAACCGACGAAUAUCAAUUGGAUAAUCGAUUAUGGCCGCGUGCUGCUGCGCUGGGUGAAAGGUUAUGGAGCGAUUUGGAGGAUGAUCGCGAGUUCGAUGUUGUGCCACAGGAUGUCUUCAAACGUAUGUCCGUAUUUCGCAAUCGGCUGGUCGAGCUGGGCCUAGAGGCGGAGCCAAUAUUUCCUAAAUUCUGUGCGCAACAUCCCGGCGAAUGCAUUUGAUAUUACUACUAAAUGCCGAACUAAGCAGCAUUUGUACAUAUGUAUGUACGCGUAUACGCAGGUAUAUAUAUAUAAAUCUCGAAUUACUCAGUUUGGAUCGAUUUGUGCCUAAACAGUGUAAAAUUCAUAUUCAAGACGGAGUUGUCAAAAUUUUACAUUUUGAUUUUUUUUUUGUAUUGUUUACAACUAUAAUUUUUGUUAAAAAGUUACACGAUUGAUAUUAGUUCUAGCAUAAGAUUAAUAAAAUUAGUCAAUGUAAAUCUGCUAUAUAGCUGGAAAUUUAUAAAGCUAAUACCAUAACAUUUGAUGACAAAGAGGAAAGACGAAGUACAGCAGUUUUGUUAGUAGGAAGUAAGAUGUCUAUGAGGAAAUUGUGGGAUAUUUAUAUACUCGUAUAUGUAUCGUGUUUUUUAACAUCUAUUAGUGCAAUUGUUUUGUAUUUAACUUAGUUAUUUUUGUUUAAACCCAUAUACAUACAUAUUUACAUAAAUUAAAUUUAUAGUAUUUUACACUGUUUAAAGAAAAAACCUGCAAAUUAUUUGGUUUAUCAAAAGCAAUCGAAUAUUAUGUAUCGCAUUUACGCACAUACAACAAUGCAUGUAGAUUAUGUUCAAACGGGUCAACUAAUUCAAUAUUUACUGUAUUUUAAGCUGCUGAAAGACAACAUUUUUUGUAAACACCAGGGUUGCGAAUUUUGUAAUUCAAAAUUUUUAGAUUACAAAUUUAAUUUUCGGUUUUUAAAAAAUAAAAAUGGAUGUGAAUCCAAGAUGUUAGGGCUAAAAAUUGAAAAUCAAAUUUAUAUAUCAAAAUAUCGGAAUAAAAAGUUAAAAAUCUAAAAUUAGAAAUCAAUUUUAAAUUCGGUCCUUGAGGUUAGGUUUUUUUUUAAAUCGAUAUUUGGGAUUAAGUUUAUAUGUUUUCAAUCUGGUUUUCAAAUGUUAAUUCAAUUAUUAUGCCCUGAACAGGAUAUAUUAAGUUUGUCACAAUGUUUGCAACCAGAAGGAAACGUCGGAGACCCUAUAAAAUAUAAAUGUAAAUGAUCAGCGUGACGAGCUGAGUCGAUCUAGCCAUGUCCGUCUGUCUAUCCGUUUGUCUGUAAAUACGCGAACUAGCUCCUUCAAUUUUUGAGAUAUCGUUAUAAAAUUUUGCACACGUUCUCUUCUCCCCAAAUAGCUGCUCCGCCGAUAUCGGACCACUUUAGCAUAUAGUUGCCAUACAAACGGAAUGAUCGGAAUCAAGGGCUUGUAUGGAAGAUUUUUCAUUUAACGUGAUAUCUUCACAAAUUUCGCAUGGGCUAUUAUCUGAGGCAAUUAUGUAAUCUCCAAAGAAAUUGUUCUGAUCGGAUAACUAUAGCAUACAGCUGCAAUACAAACUAAACCAUCGGAAUCAAUCAAUUUUGUAACUAAUGUUUUGCAUUUGUGAAGGGUAUUAUAGCUUUGGUGCAACCGAAGUUAACUUUUUUUAAUGCCUUAUUUGCAACCCUGGUAGGCACAUAUAAGUAAGGGAUUUUUAUUAUUUUUUAUUUUACUAUAUAAAGAAUUAAUUUUAAUGUGUUGAAGUACGCAUACGCGAUGAUUGUGAUAUGGUACAUACAUAUAUGUGUAUGUGUGCACAUACCUACAUGACAUAUUACAGGACAACAACAUACAGUGUAUUCACACUAUGAUUUCUAUGUACAAACGUAUCUUUUUGAAUUACCAGCGAAAUUUUAAAUAUGUCUAGCUGUUAUUAUUAUAGAAUUGUGUGUGUAUGUCUAUUAAUUGAGAACUCUAUGACAGUUAUUAGAUGCAUAUAAAUGAAAGAAAAAAAAAAAACAUAACCUCAAAAAAUGCAUACAUUUUAGACCAAUACAACAAAUGUUCUAUAAUUUUGUUUUUCAAUUUACGCUCUGCAGGCGUAAUUGACACGUGCUUAAAUGCUGAGGAUAAUGACUUGUAACUAAGCAAAAUAUAUAUCUAAUACAUAUUAGCAUAAAUUGAAAGGGGGAAAGCUGCUAGUUUUAAGGGAUUUUUAGUGAUACAAUGUGACCUUAUUUGGAAAAA